AUGUCCAAGCCAUCCAUCAGCACGGCAUAUAUUUCAGCAUCUACCAAUCGCUUCAACCAUGUUGCAGAUGCCUCCACCUCUUCCCUGAUUGCAUAUGGAUCAGGUACAUUAAUCGCGUUGUGGAACACUCAGGACCCUGAUGGCGGAGGCGUCCUCCAGACGCUGCCUGGUCACGAUGGCUUAGUGACCUGUGUUCGUUUUGUGGCGUCCGACGCAUUUGCUAGUACGGACGACAAGGGGACCAUUCGCUACUGGAGAUUAUUUGGGACAGAGUGGAGGACUACCGCGAUUGUGCGAGCACACCAACAAGCCAUCUCUGUACUCCGCGAAUUCGACAAAUUCUUACUUACUGGAAGUUCAGACUCUUCCAUCAAAAUAUGGGAGGUGCAACGUGGUGACGUUGAUGACGAGGUGAAGGAGUUUCAAACCAUCUCGCUUCAAGGAUGGUAUCCUUUAUCAAUAGCGAUCGCAUCUCUACCAUCGUCUGAAGCGAUAAUACUUGCCAUUGGCGGAACCGAUCGUAAAGUGCAUAUCUGGACACGUUCUGACGGACCAUUUAUUCGUUCAGUCACCCUAUCAGGACAUGAAGACUGGAUACGUGCGCUGGCGUUCCGAGCUCCAUCCACGCCAAAUGAUCCCAUCGUUCUCGCUUCAGGCUCACAGGAUGGAACCAUCCGACUUUGGAAUGUGGAGUCCUUCACUAAGAUGCAGGCCCAGUCACAAAUUCAUACAAACCAAUCGGGAGACGAUCUCAGUGACGAUCUCCUGGACGCAUUUGAGGCUUCAUUAGGAGACUUGGGUGCAGACGCAGAGGAGGGUGGCAGACAAAUUUCACUUAAACGGCAUAUUCUUACUGUCAAAUCGAAUUCCAGGACGCAACAAUACUCUGUCACAUUCGAUGCUCUCCUAAUCGGCCACGAGGCAGGAGUUACGUCGCUUUCUUGGUCUCCUUCGAAUGCGUCAUUGCUCUCUACAUCAACAGACUCCUCUCUCAUCAUAUGGGCUCCUAGCUCGAUCGUCUCAACUGCAUAUUCAUCGUCAACCUCGUCCAUUUGGAUUAAUAUACAACGCUUCGGUGAUGUGGGAGGUCAGCGUCUCGGUGGCUUUACUGGAGGGCUUUGGUCAAAUGAUGGUGCCGAAGCCAUGGCAUGGGGUUGGAGUGGAGGCUGGCGACGGUGGCGCCGCAUUAAAAGUGAUAGUCACGGAGGAACAGCUGGCGAGGAAUGGGAAGAGGUUGGUGCGAUCAGCGGACACAGUGGCGCAAUAAAGGGCCUCGAUUGGAGCCCCAAAGGAGACUAUCUGGUAUCUGUGGGUCUGGACCAGACGACGCGCAUUCAUGGCGCUAUUACAUCCUCUACCUCCGAACAGAGCAUUUGGCAUGAGCUGUCACGCCCUCAGGUACAUGGCUAUGACUUAAUGGGCGUAGCAUGGCUCGGCCCGUGGACCUUUGCAAGCGUUGCCGAUGAGAAGGUCGCACGAGUAUUCGAAGCUCCACGGAAUUUCGUCGAGGAAGUCCGAGUACUUGGAGUAAAGGAUCUGGCCCAGAGCGAGAAAACAAAGGGGGAUAGACCUGCUACGGCUAGUGUGCCUCCUCUCGGACUCUCGAACAAGGCUGUUAGUGAUGCACCUUCAGAAUUGGAUAUUAACAGACCUUGUAGGCGUCCUUUUGAAGGAGAGCUAGCUUCCAUCACCCUCUGGCCUGAAGUCGAAAAAGUUUUUGGGCAUGGGUAUGAGUCGAUCACAAUCUCAGCUUCUAAUUCUCUCGACCUUCUUGCAACUGCCUGUCGUGCAACUUCCCCGCAGCAUGCCGUUAUUCGCGUGUACACCACAGCCGGCUACCAGCCUUUCGGUGUCCCUCUCGAAGGCCAUAGCCUGACAGUUACCCGUAUAGCAUUCAGCCCACCAAACGAUAGAUACGUCCUCACCGUAAGUCGGGAUCGAACGUGGAGGCUAUUUGAGAAGAAAGAAAAUGGUUAUAUGCCCAUCGCUGCAGAUAAAUCGCACGGAAGAAUCAUCUGGGAUUGCGCAUGGAGCUGUGAAGGGGACGUUUUUGCCACCGCGUCUCGUGAUAAGACUGUAAAGAUAUGGAAGCAAGACUCAGACUCUUCUCGAUGGGGAGCAAUUACGACAAUGAAAUUCGAGGAAGCAGCGACCGCUGUCGCAUUUUGUUCUGCCGGUGCCGAUGCGCCAGAACGCUGGCUUGCGGUUGGUUUAGAGACAGGAGAGAUAAAAGUCUAUUCAAGCUUGAUGUCCACACCUGAUCAGUGGACCUUAGUCUUGAUAAUUAACUCAAAUUUGGCACACGUUGAUCAAAUCAAUCGUUUGGCGUGGAGAGCAACUGACAAUCCAUCGAGGAAGCAGCUGGCGUCUUGCAGCGAUGAUGGUACACUGAAAGUACUGAUUGUCCAGUUUGAAGUAGACUAAAGUACGUUGGUAGACACACUAAACUCCACAGUAACAAAAUGACAUAAAGAGAAUUGACAUAAAACACAGUAAGCCGAUUCACGAGG